AAGAGGCUGAGCGUGCAUGGAAUUCUGGGUAGGGCACUUUCAGAUCGGCCAUAUUGCCUCAUCGUCCUGACUGAAGGAGAGAGGGGAGAUGAAGGGGAUUCGGGGAAUAAGUCAAUUAUCGGAGCGCUUCUAUGCGGCUGCCAGAUCAGGCCAGUCCCUUGUCCAGCCUAUGGCUGUCCACAAGCUCUCAACAAGAGCAGCCCACUCCUACCAGGACGUCCAUGUGACUAGACUUCCCAGUGGACUAGUGAUUGCCUCACUGGAGAAUUAUUCCCCAGCAUCCAAGAUUGGAGUGUUUGUUAAAGCUGGCUGUCGUUAUGAGACCCCAGACAACCAGGGGGUCACCCACCUCCUCCGGCUGGCCUCCAGCUUGACAACCAAAGGAGCUUCAGCUUUCAAGAUAUGCCGUGGUAUUGAGGCAGUGGGAGGUAGUCUGAGUGUGACUUCAACCAGAGAGAACAUGAUCUACUCUGUUGACUGUUUGCGGGACGAUAUUGACACAGUGAUGGAGUUCUUGAUCAAUGUGACGACAGCCCCUGAGUUCCGACCAUGGGAGGUGUCAGACCUCACAGCCAGAGUGAAGAUGGACAAAGCCCAGGCUGCACAGAGUGCUCAGACAGAUGUGGUUGAAGGUCUUCAUGCAGCUGCGUACAAGAAUGCCCUCUGUAACUCCCUGUACUGCCCCGACCACAUGGUUGGAAACAUUCAAUCUGAUCAUCUCCACCAGUUUGUCCAGAAUAAUUUCACAAGUGCAAGAAUGGCCCUUGUUGGACUUGGUGUUGAUCACACGGUACUGAAACAAGUUGGAGAGCAGUUCCUUAACAUCCGCAGUGGGGCUGGCGCCACGGGGGCCAAAGCUCAGUAUCGUGGAGGUGAGAUCCGUCUGCCCACCACCAGCAGUUUGGUCCACUCAGUGGUAGUGACUGAGGCGGCGCCGGCAGACACUCUGGCCUUCAGUGUACUGCAGCAUUUACUGGGAGGUGGCCCAUAUGUCAAGAGGGGGUCCAACACUUCUAGCAAACUAUUCCAGGGUGCUUCCAAAGCAACUGCUGACCCCUUUGAUGUCAGCGCUUUUAACGUGGGUUACUCUGACUCUGGUCUGUUUGGAUUUUAUACCAUUUCCCAGGCUGCGGUUGCUGGUGACGUGAUCAGGGCUGCUCUGGCUGAGGUGAAAGCUGUUGCAAAUGGAGAAGUCACAGCUGCCGAUCUCACCCGGGCAAAGGCUCAGCUGCAGUCCCAGGUCCUGAUGUCCCAGGAGACUUCGGAGGGUAUGCUGGAGGCGAUAGGAACCCAGGCCUUGGCUGAGGGAUCCUACCAUACAACCGAGGAAAUCUCUAAAAAUAUCGACAAUGUCUCCUUAACUGAUGUUGCCAAUGCUGCUAAGAAAUUCGUGUCUGGCAAGAAGACCAUGGCAUCCAGCGGCAACCUCAUAAAAACUCCCUUUGUGGAUGAAAUCUGAGACUCCUCCUCAUCAUCCUGUACCGUACCUCACCCUUUUAACGACAAAGCAGAAUUUGUUCCCCUUAUAUUUUGACAAAAUUAAAGAAAAAGUUGAGGUCACCAUCACCUUUUGCGGUGCUGUUAUUCAGAGAUAUAAUGUCAUAACACCAUUGGGUAUUUAUAGGUGUUGUAACAGGAUAUUUCAUCUGUCAUGCAUUUGUCCACAAUAACUGUAUAGCUGAUGUAAAAUAAUGAAUAAAUAUAUCUACCUUAGAAAA